UUCCAUAUCUGAUAAGUGGCCAGCAAUCGUCCACUUGGCGUCGGAUUCUUGUCGGGUUGAUAGGAUAUUAACGAACGAUGUCGCAAGGAGAGUCAGUGUUAGUGGUUGAGCAACCAGCCGAGCCCGUGCUGGUUGUGGAGUCUGCACAGGAGGCGGAGGUCACCGUGCAUGUGCGGGACCAACCUGAGCAGGUUGCCCAAGACAACAAAGGUGGUGCGAGCUUACUGCUCAAUGGAGCUGCGCUCCUCCGGCCGGUGUCAGUUCAGGGCAUGAUGGAGCACGCGCUGGUGCACCGCGAGCGCGUCGGCGUGCAGGACUUCGUGCUGCUCGAGGACUUCCGCUCCGAAGCAGCCUUCAUCGACAACCUCAAGAAACGGUUCAACGAGAAUAUUAUUUAUACAUACAUCGGAAACGUGUUAAUAUCAGUGAACCCGUACAAGAACCUCCCUAUCUACACGGAAGAGAAGACGAAGCUAUACUUCAAGAAGGCUUUCUUCGAGGCACCCCCACACGUAUUCGCGAUCGCCGACAACGCUUACCGGUCUCUAGUUUACGAACACAGAGAACAAUGCAUAUUGAUCUCAGGCGAGUCUGGUUCAGGAAAGACGGAAGCCUCCAAAAAGGUUCUAGAAUUCAUAGCAGCAAGAACAAACCAUCUCCGCAAUGUGGAGACCGUGAAAGACAAGCUCCUGCAAAGUAACCCACUGCUUGAGGCCUUCGGUAACGCUAAGACCCAUCGCAAUGACAACUCCAGCCGGUUCGGCAAGUACAUGGACAUCCAGUUCAACUACGAAGGCGCUCCCGAAGGAGGCCACAUCCUGAACUACUUGCUGGAGAAGUCCAGGGUCGUCAGCCAGAUGGCGGGUGAGAGGAACUUCCACAUCUUCUACCAACUGAUCGCGGGUGCUGACCAAGAGCUGUUGAAGCAAUUGAAACUGCAAGGAAGGCCCGAGGCUUACAAAUACACUACCGAUGCUGCCUCAGGACAAAACCAACGCAACAACGACGCGGCUCAGUUCAGAUUAGUACAGGAUGCGAUGAAAGUCAUCGAAAUCGGUCAGAACGAGCAGGAGGAGAUCUUCCAGAUCGUGGCGAGUGUGCUGCACCUCGGGAACGCCAAGUUCGUGCAGAACGAGAAGGGGUUCGCCGAGAUCCUGUCUCAUGAUGCCAACACCGGGAAUGUGGCUGAGCUUCUAAAAGUAAACGCGUCAAAACUCCGCGAAGUCCUCACUAACCGCACGAUCAACGCCCGCGGUGACGUGGUGUCCACCCCGCUGGACCUCGAGCAGGCGCAGUACGCGCGCGACGCCCUCGCCAAGGCCAUCUACGACAAGCACUUCAGCUGGCUCGUGUCCAGGCUCAACGCCUCCCUAGCGCCGCAGAAUAAGGAAACACAGUCCUCAGUUAUCGGUAUCCUUGAUAUCUAUGGAUUCGAGAUUUUCCCGAAAAAUAGCUUCGAACAGUUCUGCAUCAACUUCUGUAACGAGAAGCUGCAGCAGCUGUUCAUCCAGCUUACGUUGAAGCAGGAGCAGGAGGAGUACCUCCGCGAGGGCAUCGAGUGGGAGCCCGUCGAGUACUUUAACAACAUCGUCAUCUGCGACCUCAUCGAGGCCAGGCAUACUGGUAUCAUAUCGAUCCUGGACGACGAGUGCCUGCGCCCGGGCGACGCCAGCGACCUCAGCUUCCUGGAGAAGCUCAACCAGAAGCUGGAGCCGCACGCGCACUACAAGUCACAUCGCAGCUCCGACGUCAAGACGCAGAAGACCAUGGGACGCGAUGAGUUCUGCCUGGUGCACUACGCGGGCGAGGUCACGUACAACGUGCGCACGUUCCUGGAGAAGAACAACGACCUGCUGUUCCGCGACAUCCAGAGCCUCAUGGCCAGCAGUGGGAACACCAUCGUGGCCAGCUGCUUCAAGGACGUAAACUUGACGAGCAAGAAGCGUCCGGAGACGGCGAUCACUCAGUUCAAGAACAGCUUGAACGAGCUGAUCAAGAUCCUGAGCAGCAAGGAGCCCUCAUACAUCCGCUGCAUCAAACCUAAUGACUUCAAGACACCUAUGCAAUUCGAUGAGAAACUCGUGUCCCACCAAGUAAAGUACCUCGGUCUGAUGGAGAACCUGCGCGUGAGACGAGCGGGCUUCGCCUACAGGAGGACUUACGAAACCUUCCUCGAGAGAUACAAGUGCCUGUCGGUGGACACGUGGCCCAACUACAAGGGCGCGGCGCGGGACGGAGUACAGAAACUGGUUGAAGUGCUGAAUUUCGAGCGCGAGGAGUACAGGAUGGGCAACACGAAAAUCUUCAUCCGAUUCCCGAAGACCCUCUUCGAGACAGAAGACGCAUUCCAGAUCAAGAAGAACGACGUGGCAGCCAUCAUUCAGAGCAGGUGGCGAGGGUACUGGCAGAGGAAGCAGUACCUCAAGAUGAGGAACGCGGCCAUCGUCAUCCAGAAGUGGGUGAGGAGGUUCCUCGCGCAAAACCUCAAAGAGAGGAGGAAGAAGGCCGCCACCGUCAUCAGGGCUUUCAUUAAAGGUUUCAUCACCCGCAACGGCCCCGAGACCCCUGAGAACCGUCGCUUCCUGGGCAUCGCUAAGGUGCACUGGCUGAAGCGGCUGGCCACGCAGCUGCCCAGCCGCGUGCUGGACGCGUCGUGGCCGGCGUGCCCCGCCACGUGCCAGGCCGCCUCCCGCGAGCUGCACCGUCUGCAUCGCGCCCACCUCGCGCGCAAGUACCGCCUCGCGCUCUCGGAGCAGGAUAAGAAACAGUUCGAGCUGAAGGUGCUCGCUGAGAAGAUGUUCAAGGGCAAGAAGAACAGCUACCCGUCGAGCAUCCCGGAGCGGUUCGUGACGGACCGCCUGACCUCCGAGCACCAGACGCUCAGGAACACCUUCAUGGCGUCCCCGUCCUGGCCUGCUGGCGAACAGCUUAUUUACUCGUGUGAAGCUGUCAAGUUCGACCGUCGCGGCUACAAGCCCCGUCCCCGCGCGCUGAUAGCGUCGGGCCGCGCCCUGUACGUGCUGGACGCGGCAGGACGCAAGACCUACAAGCUGAAGCAUCGCCUGCCGCUCGACAAGCUCAGGGUCGUCGUCACCAACGAGACCGACGCACUCGUGCUCAUCAAGAUACCGCAGGAGCUCAAGAAGGAUAAGGGUGACCUGAUCAUCUCGGUGCCGAACCUGAUCGAGGCUCUCACUAUCGUCACCGACUUCACCAAGAAACCCGAACUCAUCGAGAUCGUCGACACCAGGACCAUCGCGCACAACCUGGUGAACGGCAAGCAGGGAGGCACCAUCGAGGUCACGCACGGGCCGCAGCCCAACAUCCACCGCGCCAAGAGCGGGAACCUGCUCGUCAUCGCCUCUCCCUGAGCGGACCAGUAUUGCAAGUCUAGAUAAUUAUAAAAAACAACGAUGUUAGCGUGCGUAUCAGAACUUCAAUAAUUCCAUUCUGUAUUUCAUAGUAUUUAUUAUAAUUAGAAUCGUUAGUUACUAUGUGCCUGCUUUACAAAAUCUUGAUACAUAAACUAAAAAAAUAAUAAAAUUAUCCACUUUUAUGAUUCUUUAAGAACUUGCCAAAGUUCUGAUGUCCUAAUUUACCUACUUAUAUAUUUUUUUGUGGAUAUAGGUAAAUGGCAGGCAUAUUUUAACUGAAUAAUUUAUAUUUGGCUCUGGAGCCAAGUGAACAACGACUAGUGAGCGUAUUUUUAUGAGAAAUGAUUUAAUUGUUCAUUAAGUACUUAUUUUUUAUUCAAUAUUAUUAUUUUUAUACUGUUUAUAGUUAAGUGGACUACGCCUUUUUAUAAAUCAUAAAAAAAUUACGUACACUGAAUGAGUUCUGUAGAUAAUUCGUUCAAAUUAAUUAAUAAAAAUUGGUUGAUAACACCUAGGUCACUUUAACUAUAAAUCAAUGUAAUUACUUAUCUACCACUCAUUUUAUAUUGUAAAAUGAUGAUGAUAUCUAUCUAAAUGAUUAAUAUUGUAGUAUUACAGAUGAUGUUUAUGUAUUUAAUGUGAUAAUGUCUUCAUGAGAUUCACGUACAAAGUACUUAGUAUUUUUUGUAUGCCAUACAGAAAUGUGUCAAUUAUAACAUCCCUAUUUAUUAGAUGGUACACCUCUGGAAAGUGUAUUUUUGUAAAUAGAAACCUAAAUUAGAAACUAGGCUGAAAUGUAAGGAAACAUAGUCGUUAUUGCCAAAGGUAUUUUCAAAAUUAUUGUGAAUUUUGCAUUAUUUAAUAGGUCACCUAAAAGCUAUUUUUAAAUUAACGUAAUUGACACAUUUCAUUUUGUUUAUAUUAAAAUAUAAGCUGAAUCAAGGGUGCCUACUAUAAGGAAGUAAUUUGAAUAAAUCAUGUUGCAAAUGA